GUACAGACCUGGCAAUCUGCCAAAAAUGUACACAAGAUGUUCCGGCUACACAUAUGCCAGUCGAAAAGAAAACUUCAGUUAUCGAUGAUCCAAAUCAUCAUUACUUUGAUCAAAACAUCUGUGAAGACAUGACAACUAUGUAUGUGGAUGGUUGCUCGUUCCGUCAGAACGCAGUUGGUAAAUCUGGUGUUGGAAUAGUCCUUUUGCAAGGUCAACAACAAGACACCUUUAGCUUUCAGCUAGGUGCACAGUCAUCCCAGUACGCUGAGAUUGCUGCAGUUCUAGUAGCGCUCCAGAUUGCAGUAGACCGUUCAGUCCAGACGUUUGUCAUCUGCACUGACUCCAACUAUGCCCGUCUGAGCUUCCUAUGUCACUUGGCUAACUGGAAACAAAACGGUUUCCUAACCAGUAACAGGAAGCCAGUCAAGCUAAAGACCUUUUCAUGGCAUGUGAUCACUUGGUGACCUCACAUGACCUCCAGAUUUACUGGAAGAAAGUCACAGGACACUCGCGUGUCCCGGGCCCAGAGAAAAUUUGCAAUGCACUUGC